AUGGCACCCAAACCACCUCCCCAAACGGCUAAUCACAGCGAGCAUUCGGCUCCUGACCUAGAGAUUGUCGGUUCCAGUUUCGCGAUUCAACCUUCAGGCUUCACUAGAGGCCCCGAAACUAAAGAUGCCCCGAUCACUGAGCCCAUCACCGAAAAAUAUUUCGUCCAAAAUAUGGCCAGCUUCAGCGAAGACCCACUUGAUUUCCUCCGCGAAGUGAGCCUGUACAUGUCCGGCACAGAAUGGCGUGCGUAUAACGAUGUGAUCGGUGAACCCAUUUUCUAUUCAGGCUUCAGCGACCACAUGAAGGAAUUAAUCCAUGCCAGUCCAAUGCUGAAGGGCAGGAUCAAGGAAUUCGCAAGCAUUCGCGUCGGCGUGGAAGAGAAGGAACUAGCAGCAUUGAUAUUGGCCCAGAAAGGCACCACAUUCGGCGAAAAGAAAGCUCAUCGCCAGCAUGAACUCGAAAGCCAUUUGCGAGACGUUGUUGACAUCAUGCUGGACAAGAUGAUCUGCAAGAUGGAGAGCAAGGUUUUUAUUCGCGGCGCGUACUACAUUUGCACGCAACUUCUGACACGAGCUUACCAAGAAGGCAUUCAUGUCUCCAGUGAGGAGGUCUUGCAUCUCAGAUCUGUUGCAAAGAUCGCGACCAAGAAAAAGCAGUCGAUCGUUUUCCUACCCUGUCACAAAUCUCAUGUGGAUUAUGUUUCGUUGCAACUCAUUUGUUACCGUCUAGGAAUUGGAUUGCCUGUCGUUGUCGCGGGAGACAAUCUUAAUAUUCCAGGAGUGGGAGCUUUCUUGCAGCAUGCAGGCGCGAUGUGGAUACGACGCAGUUUUGGGGACGACCAGCUUUAUCACACUGUUGUGCAAGCCUAUGUCGAUACUCUUCUGCAACGAGGCUUUAAUUUUGAAUGCUUCAUCGAGGGUGGCCGAUCGCGAACUGGAAAGCUGCUGACCCCCAAGCUCGGCAUUCUCAGCUUCAUUGUCGAUAGCGUUCUAUCUGGUCGGACUGAAGAUACCAUUAUUUGCCCUGUCAGCACGCAGUAUGAUAAAGUUAUUGAGACUGAAUCAUAUGUUAGUGAAUUGUUGGGUCGGCCCAAGAAAAAGGAGAGGUUGGUAGAUUUUGUGAAGUCGUCUUCUGUAUUAUCUCUCAAAUUAGGACGAGUGGAUGUCCGUUUCCACAAACCAUGGAGCCUCCGAGAGUAUCUUAAUCAGCAGCUCACGCGUCUUGACAAACCAACCUCUGGCCCCAACCAGAAGUUAUCGAGCAUUGAGCGCGGUCACAUUCUCCGAACUCUUGGGUAUCGAGUUUUGUCCGAGAUCAAUGAGGUCGCUGUGAUGAUGCCGACGGCCCUAGUCGGUACUGUGAUUCUGACUCUCCGCGGCCGUGGAGUUGGAAAGGCCGAACUAGUUCGACGAUUGGACUGGCUGUGCGAUCGUGUGCGUGCAAAGGGUGGCCGAGUAGCUCACUUCUACCGCUUAUCUACAGAAGAAGUGGUCGACCGCGCUCUAGCAGCCCUAGGACCAAAGCUGGUGGCCGCAAUUCCAGGACUGGCCGAGACUACCUAUUCUGCUGCUGACCGCUUCCAACUGUCCUUCUACCGGAAUAUGCUUAUUCAUCUCUUCAUUCCUGAAGCUCUAGUCUCUGUUGCGAUGUACGCCAAGAUCAAGCAAGGUGGUGGGCCCGUCAACCAGCGCACAACUUUUGAAAGCCUGCGGAAGCAGGUCGCUUUCCUGUCUAAGCUCUUCCGUGGUGAAUUCAUUUUUCCAACAGAAGGUUUGACCGCAAACCUCGACAAAACGUUGCGUGGUUUGGAAGCAGACGACGUUAUCAAAGUAACUCGAGACGACUCCGGUACUCCGCAACACGUUGAGUUGAGCGAUGCGGAACGCCUUUGUGGGCGCGAAAACUUCGACUUUUACUGCUUCCUGAUUUGGCCUUUCAUUGACGCAGUUUGGCUGGGUGCAGUGUCUCUUAUGGGUCUGACACCCCCCACUGACUUACCAGAUGUAUGGAUAGACAUGAAAAAGGCUCAGGACAGCGCUCAACUGCUUGGCAAAACUCUCUAUCACCAAGGUGAUAUUUCCUACUUUGAAGCUGUCAACAAGGAAACACUGAAGAACUCCUAUCUGCAAUUUGAGGAAGAGGGUAUUAUCUCAGUAGCCAAAGAUCAGGAAUUUCGACCAACUCCAUCGCUCAAAAUUGCAGACGGAUGGAUCCCAGAGAGAGAUGUUGAAACUGGGAAGGUUCUGGAUCGUGGGCGACUCUGGGACUUCACUGAAUUGAUCGCCAUGUGUCGACGCGAAGGUAAAAAUCGCCGCGAUGGUGCCACUGUCUCCACACGUGUCUUGGCCCUUUCGGAAGCGGUUGGGCGUCUCCUGUUUCUUAAUGCGACAGCAGAAAAAUCCGCACACGCCGUUUUCCCGAAGCAAACGCGUCUCCAAGCUAGCGAAAAAACCUCGAAGCUGUGA